UCGACCAUAUUUGCUAAUUGUAACAAACAAAUUUUCUUACCAAAUUUUUAAGUUAGUUACUAAUCUUGUUUUUAGUUUACUUAAAGCCUGUUCAUCUAAGUGAAUAAAAUACCCAAACAUUUUAAAAAACAAUGGCAUUUUGUAUUGCUGUGAUUGGCAAGGACAAUGCGCCACUGUACUUGGCCACCUCCGAUGUGGAGCGUGAGCUGGAUCUGCAAUAUCAUGUACAUGCGGCCCUCGACGUUGUAGAAGAGAAAUGUUUAAUUGGCAAGGGAGCGCCCGAGUCCAAGGAACUCUAUUUGGGUCAACUUUUCUCAACAGAGAAUCAUAAGAUUUACGGUUUUGUCACCAACUCCAAAAUCAAGUUUAUUGUUGUCAUUGAUUCUAGCAACAUUGCAUUGCGGGAGAACGAGGUGCGUGCGAUAUUUCGCAAUUUACACAUGCUUUACACGGAUGCCGUAUGCAAUCCCUUUUACAUUCCAGGCGAGCAAUUGACUUUCAAGAAGUUUGAUCGAGCAGUACAGAAACUAAUGAGCGGCAAUGUGUAAACAGAACAGAGUUCAGGAAAGCAAACAAUUGAUGAUGAAAGGAAUGAAGGGAAAAGUUUAUCAGGAGAAGAAACAAGGAGGGCCGAGAGAGAUGGUGGAGUGAUAU